AUGGAUCCUCUAUCCAUAGUGGGUGUAACUGCUGCCGCAGUCCAGUUCGUUGACUUUGGGCAGCGGCUAUUUUCAGAGACGUGGCAAAUUUACCGUUCAGCAUCUGGGCAAACUCUACAACUGCAGAGCCUCUCAGCUGUCUCAGCAGACAUCUCACAGCUAUCCAAUAAUGUGAAAGAGACCUUCCGAGCCCAGAAGCAGGGUAUAUCUGCCUUGGAUGGUCCAGAUAAAGAGUUACUCCGUCUUUGUCGUGAAUGCGAUGACAUCGCAACAAGAAUCCUUGCGGUUAUGCCCAAGGUCAGUAGGCAAUUUGAAACAGAACUAGCUACGGAUAGAGAAGCGGUUGAACGGGCUAAACGGAAUGGAAUGGGCCCAUACGAACCAAGGUCGGUUGGACAAUGCUUCCGAGCGGCACUCAGAUCAUGGUGGCAGCGGGAGGAGAUCACUAAGAUUGAUGAGCGUCUUGAGAAAGUGCGACAAGAAAUGAUGACGGCAGCGACGUUUUCCAUCUGGCGAAACUCGCAGAGUACCAAAAACUGGGAGCAUCAAUUUAGCAGCAAGCUUGACACCAUGAUAGAAAUGCUAUCUCAAUCCUUGGAGACAGCAGGGCACUCUGGCCCAGAGCAUAAGCAAGCCAGCAGACAAAAGACUGUGGAAGAAACGGCCGUGGAAUCCAUGCGCCACAAUCGUGUAACUGAUCAAAUCACACAUCGCUUAUGGCGAGCCGACUGGAAGCCUGACCCACGACUCCUGGAUUCGUUCCCUCAGCAAACAGACCUUUCUUCCGAGGAUCUGAACUCAUUCAUUUGUGACAGCAUUCGUUUUGACUCUAUGGAUAACCGGGAAGAAGCAAUCACAAAAGCUUUCGACUGCACCUUCCAAUGGGUAUUCAACAAGGACCCCCAUCUCUCUCUUGAAGGGGUGCAAAUGUGGUCCAGUCUGCCUGAUUGGCUUGAGGGCGAUUCUGGUCUUCCCUACUGGAUUACGGGCAAGCCAGGCUCUGGCAAGUCAACCAUGAUGAAGUUUAUCCUUCAACAUCCAAGAUUAAACCAGCACCUACAGAGUUGGUCUCGGGGGUCACCAAUAUAUACAAUCAAGUACUACGCCUGGAGACCAGGAGCGGAGAUGGCAAGAUCUGAAGAUGGCUUGCUACGUACCCUACUCCAUCAAAUACUUCAACUCAACCCCGACAUGAUACCCUAUCUUUGUCCGCGGCGUUGGUCACUUUUUCACGCAGUCCGUGAGACAAAUGCAUUCCCUCCUUGGACUACAUGGGAACUCGAUGAGUCGUUCGGUCGUCUUCUGAGUCUUGGAGAAAACGCACCUCUGCUGGCUCUCUUCAUUGAUGGUCUAGAUGAAUUCGACGCCGCGCCCGUCGACUUAUGCAAGAGGAUACAAAAAAUAUCUUCGUACAGAACCGUCAAAGUCUGCGUCGCAAGUCGCCCUUGGCCACAGUUCAGUGACGCUUUCGCCGCUAGUCCAGGACUUCAAAUGCAUCUCUUGACCAACACAGAUAUUCAAGCAUUUGUGCGAGGUCACUUCCUUGGGGUUGUGGCUUUCCAGGAACUCAAUGCCCUUUAUCAGGGCGGCGGUGAAGCUCUUUUAGAGGAUAUUGUCACUAAAGCCAAAGGCGUCUUUCUCUGGACCGCUUUAGUCACGCAGACACUACUAGAGAAUCUGAUUGACGGCUCCGGUCUACCACGCCUCCAGGAAAUUCUUGACACAAUGCCGAGUGAGAUUGAAAGUCUCUAUGAUGCCAUCUAUGCAGCCAUCCCGAAGAGGCUGCUUCCGGAAGUUUCUGUGAUGCUGCAAUUGUAUGCUCUAGCGUUCCAUCCCGUUGAAUGGAUGACGUUGUGGUUAGCAGACGAAGCCAGAGGCACACCGGCAGCCACUCAGACUCGGAUACAGGACCUCGACAUGGCAAGAGUACAAGCUGCACUGAAACGCAGACUCGGCGCCCGAACAAGGGGUAUUCUGGAACUCGUGCCUAAAACGAGGACUGUCGAGUAUCUACAUAGAACCGCUGCGGAAUGGGUAAAUCAUCCACGUGUCUGGGAACGAAUACAAUCGGCGAGUCCUCGGGGAUUCGAUCCACACGCCUGUCUCCUUCGAGCAGAAGUCAUUCAAAUGCAGAACUUAGGCAAAGCUGAACGUUACUUUCUCCCAGGCCCUCCCGAAUUCUGGGAAGAUGUCGCCAAGGCAUUGUCCUAUGCAUCGCGUGUCGAUGGAUCUAUCGUCUCAGACGCAUCUUUGACUACAUUACUCGACCAGUUUCAAGACGCCUCGGCAAAGAAAUUUGCGACGUUCAUCGGUGUAAAUGGUCAUGAUACCGCGAGGAAUAUACCAUGGGCCUCGUAUUGGGAUGAGGAGAUUGAUACCGUAAAGGCGAACACUUUCGAUGGGAUAGUCACGCAAUUCGCCAUUCUUCCCUACAUCCGUCACAAAUUCAACAAGAACCCCUCCCUUUUCCAUCAAAUUCCAAUAAAACGCUCAACAGCACUGUUGGAACAGGCGAUAUUUGGACCGAAAGCACAAAUCGUACCCUUGGUAGAUACUCCGAUAGUUUCAAAUUCCAACAGACUACAGGUAGUUGAGUUUCUACUCCAACAAGGCAUACGACAGCCUGGAGUACUGUCGUUGAUCAAGUCCUACCGUCUGUCUUGUCGAGAUGAAGAGGAGGCUCAGUACUUGGAUUCUGUUAUGGGGUUACUGGGUCGCUAUCGCGCCAUAUGCGGGGAGAAGAGACUCUACAUCAAGGGGCUACUACGCUGGAGGUAA